AUGUCGCCAAUCGUGCAGGUCGACAAGCAGAUGUGCCGUCUUGCAGGCUCUGGAGGUGGACCAAGCGAAGACAAUGUCACGGGCUUCCUCGUUCGAUCAACAGCAACAAACUGGGCUAAGAACUCCGUCAUAGCUGUGGAUGCAGGCUCCCACCUUGCAUCGAUUACCCGCAUACUUGCUCAGGACUUCCCGCUUGUCUCCGACCCAGAUCCGCCGUUAUCGACCCCACAGAACGGUAAUGGAAAUGGGAAUAGCAGUGACACGCAUAUAGAGUCGCCGUCGCCAGGCACUGGGCAUGUCUCGCUCUCCGACGAAGAUUCUGGGCCUGAGACACCAGAUUCUGAGCAGGAUGUACCCGUCACAAUUACUACGCUGAAAACUGGCGCAUUCGCGGGAUUACCUUUCCCACAUCUAAGUGCCAGGGCAAAUGCGCUACAUGUUGUGAGAGAGCACAUUUCGACUUAUCUCAUCACCCAUCCACAUCUCGACCAUGUCUCGGGCUUCGUCAUCAAUACAGCAGCUUUUCACAAUACAUCUCGACCCAAGCGGUUAGCAGCACUACCAUUUACCGUCAACGCGAUCAAAAACCACAUCUUCAAUAACAUCAUCUGGCCUAACCUUACGGACGAAGAUGGAGGCGUGGGACUAGUAACAUUCCAACGGCUUGCAGAAGGCGGUAACAUUGCUCUGGGUGAAGGAAGCUCAAGAGGCUACAUCGAAGUGUGUGACGGCUUAGGAGUCAAGGGCUUCAAAGUAAGCCAUGGCCACUGCAUGCAGGGACCUGGCCAUGUACACCGCGGAUCGAACGCCAACCUACUGGAGACCUCAGAUCGGCAAAAUGCCAACCCUUCUCAAUCGUAUGGUCAAUCAGACGGACUUGAAGGUCGUUCACAAAGCUUCUCCAUGACCACACAAAGCGCACCCGGCACUCCAGGUUUUAGCGGAAGCACAGAAGCCGGCCGACGAGCCAGCGGUGUCACAGUCCCUCAACCCCAGCAACCGCAAUCCCAAGAUCACUGUGUGAUCGACUCAACCGCCUACUUCAUUCGCGCCGAAUCUACCCUCACGACCCCAAAACGCGAGAUCCUCAUCUUCGGCGACGUUGAACCAGACUCCCUCUCACUUUCCCCACGUACACAUCAGAUCUGGACGGAAGCAGCUCCGAAAAUCGCGGCUGGCACGCUAAAAGGCAUCUUCAUAGAAGUCUCAUAUACGAACGCGCAAGCCGACGCCGUACUUUUCGGACACUUAGCACCCCGCCAUCUGCUCGAAGAGCUCAGCUCCCUCGCGGCCAUGGUAAAAGACAGCAAAAAGCAGCACGAGCGCGACAAAGAAGAGCUCCGCUCACAGAAGAAAAAGAAGCGGAAGAGAGCCAGUGCAAACAAUAACCUACAGCUCGAAAGUCUGACGUCUAUCGAGGGCGGUAGGAAAGCCAAGAUGGGCGGUUACCUAGGUGGAGUAGGCAAAGGGAUAGAUUCCCCAAUUUCGACAACAAACCACUCGCAGACCGACGAUGAGACAAUGAGCGACUUCCCGCUUUCGAGAGGUGACACGGGGACGAACACGCCUGUUCCUUUCCCACCGCCACUGCAACAUCAUCAGUCUCUCCAACGGAAUCAGGAUCAACCACAGGAUCAACAAAACGGGACCCCCGGGCCCCCUCCAUUUCAUCCUUCUGCACCAGCAGCCUUCGGUCUGUCAUCCGUCUCAGCUGAGCACAACCGCGCCAUACUCUCCGCCGCAUUCGAUUCUCCGCUCAAAGGCGUCAAGGUCGUUAUCAUCCACGUCAAGGAUUCCUUCAUGGAUGGGCCGCUGGUUGGGGAUCAGAUUCUGAGGGAGCUGAGGGAAGGGGAGGAAGCGCUGCAGGAGCAAGGGAAGGGCUUGGGGUGUCAGUUUGAAGUUAGCGCUGCGGGAGAGAGUUAUUGGUUCUGA